CAAUAUACUUGCAAUAUGUUCAAAAAAUUUGAUGAAAAAGAAAUGGUAUCAGGAGUAUCACAAAUUAAAAGCUCUGUUCAACGAAAUAUAAGAGCAAAACUAUUAGAAAAUUACCCGAUCGAAGAAUAUAUUGAUGAUAUUAUUCCUAAAAAAGAGGGAAUAAAAAUUGUAAAAUGCCAUGAACAUAUUGAGAUUAUAGCAAAUACAGCUGGAGACUUAUUAUUUUUCCAUGAUAAAUCAGAUAUUUACAUACCAACUUUAAAGCUUUUGCAUAAAUAUCCAUUUAUGUUACCUCAUCAGACUGUUGAUAAAGGUGCUAUCAGAUUUAUACUAAGUGGAGCUCAUAUAAUGUGCCCAGGUUUAAAUUCAAGUGGUGCCAUUUUAAACAAAGCUCAUGAGGGAAUGAUUGUCGCUAUCAUGGGAGAGGGCAAAGAGCACGCCGUAGCUAUAGGAUGGAUGAAACUCUCAUCGGAUAAAAUAAAAGAAUUGAAUAAAGGCAUAGGAAUCGAGAACGUUCAUUACCUCAACGAUGGUUUGUGGAAGAUGAAACCCGUUAGAUAAUCAUUAAUUACAAUUAUUUUUAUUUAAAGAUUGCACUAUUUAUAAUUUUAUAUGAGUUGUUUUUCCGACAAUUAUGUUCAUAUUAUCCAUAUAAUUUUUUUUGAUGAUAAAUUAUAUAUAUAUUUACAAUCUAAUGUCGAAAUGAACACUUGCCUUAAAAUCAUAGGAUUUGUGUCUCGUCUAAAGCUAAUAAAAUUGUCGCUGAUAAAAUUAAAUAAA